AUGGGCUCGAAUUCCAAAAGAUCCAGCGGGCCGGUGCUCCGGUCGCUGUCUCCGCGCGGCCGAUUCCCGUCGUACAACUCCGCCGGUCAUCUCUCAUCUUCCUCGUCCUCGUCGGCGUUCGCCUCUUCCACGAGUUCGAGCUUCUACUCUCCGCCGUCGGCCUUCUUCCGCACCACCGCUCCGCCACACAGAUCCGCCUCUCCGACGCGCGUCAAUCUGUACUCCCAGAGUCCUCCGUCGCCGACGUUCCGAUUCUCCAUCGACAGAUCCACAUCUCCCAAUCGGAACAUAUCUGUCGCGACGAAGCACACCAAUCACAUCUCCAGCCUCCCCGCGAGGAAGACGUGUAUGUGCUCUCCGACCUCGCAUCCCGGAUCGUUCCGUUGCAGCCUCCACAAGAACAGCCACCAGAACGGCCACGCCGGAGGGAGCUCGUUCACGCCGAACAGGCUGAACAUGAGGAGAUCCGCGAUGACGAAUUCGCUGGUGAGAAUCGGCGGCGUGGAAGGUGACUGGGUGAAGAGAGCGCUGUCGGCUUUGAUUCGACCGUCGUCGCACCAGCAGAGGAGGAGAGCGGAUUUCCAGCACCGGAAGAGCCGGCUCUCAGUCAUGUCUAGAGCCGAGGCUGGUGAUUCUUGA